AUUUCCUGAUGGGUGAUGCUGAAAGUAGUUCCAAACCCCUGCCCUCACCUCCACUGCCCCCCAAAAUCCAUGAUUUUUCUAACCACCUGAAUAUAGGUUAUUUCUCACUUCCACCCGCUCUCCCUAAUUCUGCAACAGCGCUCUUGGCUUGUAAUUCAUCCCAGAACGUUUUCAAUAGGCAUUUGAGGAGAGGACAGAGAGGUACUCCGGGGGGAGAAGGGGGGUGGUAUUUCUUACCCUCUCUAAUCUGAAUGUUGAACUGAGCCGUGACUGAACUGAGCCGUGACUGCUGCUUCUCCUUCCUCUCUUCUUCUCCCUCUUCUCCUCCUCCUCCCCCCCCCCACUCCUUUUUUCAAGUAGUGCCUUUGUAGUUAAGCUUCCUGUGUAGAGACAGCAUUUUUUUCUUCCAGAGGGAGUCAAUGUUGUCACUUCAGUUCACAAAUUCAUGCAGCCACCUCCAGGGUGGAAUGCAGCACCUGCUAAAACAUUCCCUCAAAGGAAGCCCACGGAGGCAUGUUCUCUGCACUUUCCUUAAAAGGCUAGAUUUUGUCUUAAGGAAGUUUGGAAUAGACCUUAAAAUAGAUGGGAAAGCUCAUUGGAAUUAGAUUCAUUGACCUCCAUCUUUAUCUACAUCUAUUGAUCUUGGCUGACUUUUUAAAGAAGUUCUAUUGGGUCCUAGAAUCUGUUGCUAUCUCAGUUUUUACUUUUCUAGACAUUCCUGUUACCAGACUAGGCCAGACUUAUGCAAAUCCCAACUCUCACUUCCUUGGAACAAAAACUUGUUUUUUUCUGAUAGGAUUAAGGCAGCUAACAAGCAUCCACCUGAUGCUUUGAGGAGGUGUUUUUUUUUUAAAAGAAGCAAAAGAAAGAAAAAGCAUUAGAACACUGGGUUUCUUGCUUCCCAUUCUUUCAGAGACUAAUAACAAUUAUAAGACAAAAUUGCAGUUUUUAAUCCUUUACAUAAAAUAAAUUAUUUGAUCCUCAUAACAACCCUAUGAAAUAAGGUAAUAUAAAUUGUACUCAUUUUUUAGAUGGGGCAUCUGAAGCACAGAGAUAAAUGAGUUGCCCAAAGUCACACAGAUAGUGACCGGCGAAGCUAGCGCUCAAACCCAGACAUUUUGGCUUUAGAGCCCAGUGUUUAACUAGCUACACUAAACUGCCUACUUAGAAAAAAUAUAUAUAAACUGAUUAAAAUACUAGAAAAUAGUUAGAGGGGCGCCUGGGUGGCUCAGUUGGUUAAGCGACUGCCUUCGGCUCAGGUCAUGAUCCUGGAGUCCCUGGAUCGAGUCCCACAUCGGGCUCCCUGCUCGGCAGGGAGCCUGCUUCUCCCUCUGAACCUCCCCCCUCUCAUGUGCUCACUCUCUCUCAUUCUCUCUCUCUCAAAUAAAUAAAAUCUUAAAAAAAAAAAUUGAUUUGAAGUAUUCUGGACUAGGUAAGCUUUUGAACUUAGUCUAGGAGAUACUAUUGAUAAAUACCUAAUCAAAGAGAAGGGGAGGGCGCCUGGGUGGCUCAGUAAGUUAAGCAGCUGACUCUUGAUUUGAGCUCAGGUCAUGAUCUCAGGGUUGUGAGAUCAGGCUCUGCGCUGGGCAUGGAGCCUGCUUAAGAUUCUCUCUCUCCCUCUCCCUCUCCCUCUGUUCCUCCCCCCCAACCCCCACCCCCAUUAAAAAAAAAAAGAGAGAGUGGGAGAAGGGGAAAAGAAAGUGACAUUUGCUGUGUAUUUUCCAUAUGCCAGUUACUGUAUUAAGCACUUAACAUAAUAUCUUGUUUAAUCUUCUUGUAUGCAUCUCUGCAAAGUAAAUACUAUUAUCUAUUAUAUUAAAGUAGAUACUAUUAUACUAUUAUCCCCAAUUUUAUAGAUGAACAGUGAAGAUUUUGUUAGUAGCAGAGGGAUGUGCAUGGUUUGCUAGGUUAGGAGAAAAUGAUUUGCCCUGUAGGGUGGCUAACUCAUGUCCCAGUAAACCCAGUUAUGGCAAUGUGUGGUGCAUCCUUAGAGGAAAUCAAAGGGAAGGGGACCAACUUUAAUUAACUACCUUAACUAAGGCCCGCACUGUGUUGGAUAUUUAAUCAUAUCAUUCAGUCUUCACAAUACACCUAUGAGGGACGCAUUACUCUUAAUUUUGUCAAUGUGGAAACAGACUGAGCCAGGUUAAUGUAUGUUAACUAUUGUUACACAGAGCCUGUAAAGGGCAGAGGCAGAAUCAAAACCUGACUGACCUCAAAACCCUCAUCAUUUUCACUACACCAUGUAGCCAUUCUAUAUUGCCAGCUUUUAGUCCAGCGGAAUUUAUUAGGAAUACAGAAUAUCAGGCCCCACUCAGAUCAUUAACUAUUGGAUAACUAAAUAAUGAAUGAAUCAAAUGCAUCGCUUAAGGGGAAGAGCCAUAUACUUUCUUCUACACUUUUGGUUUAACAUUUUAAAAACCUUUUUUAAUUUAAAUAUCUUCCCUGUUCUUCUGAGGUAUAAUUGACAUAUUUAUCAUUGUUGUAUUUUCUCCAGCACUAAAAAUGGUACACAGGGAUAGUUUUCAGAAAUUUAUUUUCAGCAACUCCUUAGCUAGUGCUUAAAAAGAGAGAGCAGGAGCCUAAAAGUAAAUAAAAUAUAAUCCUUUUGAUGUACGUCAGUUGCCGUAACAACGGGCAGCAGAGUCCAUCAGCAAUGGCCUCUAACUUUAAGAAGGCAAGCAUGGCAUCAUUUGCCCAGCGAAAAAGGAUGAGUCCUAAGCCAGAGCUUACUGAAGAGCAGAAACAGGAAAUCCGGGAAGCUUUUGAUCUCUUUGAUGCUGAUGGAACUGGGACCAUAGAUGUUAAGGAACUUAAGGUGGCAAUGAGGGCACUGGGCUUUGAACCCAAGAAAGAAGAGAUCAAGAAAAUGAUAAGCGAAAUCAAUAAGGAAGGAACAGGAAAAAUGAACUUCAGUGACUUUUUGACUGUGAUGACUCAGAAAAUGUCUGAGAAAGAUACCAAAGAAGAAAUUCUGAAAGCUUUCAAGCUCUUCGAUGAUGAUGAAACUGGGAAGAUAUCAUUCAAAAAUCUAAAGCGUGUGGCCAAGGAGUUGGGUGAGAACCUCACUGAUAAGGAGCUACAGGAAAUGAUCGAUGAGGCUGAUCGAGAUGGAGAUGGAAAAGUCAAUGAGCAGGAGUUCCUACGCAUCAUGAAAAAGACCAGCCCUUACUAAAAUCAGCCUCUUCUUUUCAUAUUGUGUGAAACCUGGGUUUUGAGAACAUAAACUAUUUUCUCCUACUGACCUCCUUGUAUAACUUUAGUAACAAUCUUAAAUCUCUCUUAGGUAUUUGAAAGUGUACUUUGACACUUAAGUUCUUUUUAAGGUGACCUGGGGAUUGCUUCAAUUCCCCAGAGCAAAACAAAAGCACAUUAGGGUGGUGAAAAGGGUCUUAAAGCUUUCACCCACCUGCAUUUCUACCUUGUAUCACCUCACUCUUGUCAUGCAUUUCCACAAUGAUGCCACCCAGAACGACUUUUUAGACAAGCACAUGUUGUAUCCAUGCCACCAGAAGCAGAGGCAUCUCCUUGAUGUUUCUAGUUAUAACUGACACCUGAGUGCCGCUU